UCGAACAGAGAAUUUUUAGCUUGAGGAAAACAUGGCAGCUUCUUUCACUUCUGGCUUUUCUGCAACGUCAAACUUUCAAGGGAAUGAUUAUUUUUCAAAAUCCUACCGUUUCCUGUAUUCCUAAGACCUUCGAAAGAAGCCUAGGGGUUUCUUUUUGUUUUGUCACUUUUGUUGUUGAGAUUUUCUUUAUUUUGUUCAAUUGAAGAGUAGUUUUAAUGGGUCAGACGGUAGGACGGGACCUUUUUACUAGGAGUUCCUCUAGUGUAGACCUCAAGAACGCGGAGAACCGUAAAUUGGACGAGAACGAGUUGGACCAGGCUGCUAGAAGGGUCUUUGAGUGGCUGGACCAGAAGAAAAAAGGGUCUUUGACUCUUCGAGAAGUACGAAACACUGUUCCAGGGUUAUAUCUUCCACACUCGUUGCCAGCCUUAUAUUACUUUGACGAAGAAAUGGAUGGUUCCUUUGACUUUGGCGAGAUAGUAAAACUUUUACGUUAUUGCAAAAAACAGAAGAAGAGAGUGAAGAAAGAACUUCGAAAAGAUCCCGAGAAAGUAUCCGUUUUACGAAAGGCCAUAGACGAAGGCAAGUUAUCGGGUGAAAAUGCACUCUGUGCGAGUGAAGUGCGAAAAAUUACGAGCUGUAACAAAUAUCGUUGUGUUUACAAGACACGUAAAAAUUUGCAGGGGAAUUCCGAUAAGGAGGUACUUGAAGUGCCAGAUAUUCCACCGCGAUCUGAUUCUAUUUCGCCAUCCAGCGAUAAAACGUUAAGACGCAGUGAUUCACUUGUCUCAGAAACGAACGCCGCUAUAGAGGCGGCCGCUGUCGUAAUGUCUUCAGAGUUGGCAGAACCGGAGGGAAGUUGCUCCAAGAUGGAAUUUUCAAAUAGCUUGAAAGACUCGCAAAGACAGGAAGAAGAGAAUAGAAGUCAAAGUGUAUCUAUGUUUGGCUCUCAGAGGGAGUUUUCUUUUCAAUCAACCAACGAUAUUCUGAAGCAAGAUAGUGAGAAUCUUAGCCUUAGGAAAGAUACUUCGACAACUGCUUCCGGACAGUUAGAUAGUACUCCUUUACUAAGUUGCCUUGGCGAAGAGCUAUCUUCUGCUGCUCUUAAUGCGGCAAUGGCAGAAAGAAUGAUUCAAGACUGCAUAUCCAAUUUGGCGAACCAACUUCAUGACUCAGCACACAGGGACAAGUACAUGGAAUGGCUUUGGAAGUUAACCAAUUGUGAUAAGAAAGAUGUGAUAUCACUGGAAGAGUUGCACCUGCUUUUGGAUGCACUUGAGGAAGAUGGUAUCAAUAUUAAAGAACUUAUGUUUUGUGAUUCUGGAAAUCCCAAGGACCCUGUUGAUAAAAGAAUUAUGGAUGAAUACAAUACCGCGCAUACUGGAUAUAUGUCGAGAGAUGAAUUCAUGGUUUUGGCUGACUUAGUGGUUCGCGAAUAUCAAAACUGGCAAGUUCGCCAUGUAGAAAUUAUUGGCGACUAUGAGUUGAAUCAUGUCUUAGGCUAUGGUAGCCAAGGCGUCGUUAGAUGUGCCACUAAAAUUGAGACAGGUGAACGUUUUGCAGCAAAGUUGGUGAAGAGAGGGAAAUGUAGUGAUCUAUCAAGACUGGACAGGGAAAUACAUGUCAUGACAAUGCUUGACCAUCCAAACAUUGUCCGUCUUGAAGAAGUAAUAGAGUCGGAUGAUAAUUUGUACUUGAUAAUGGAAUUAUGUGGAGGUGGGAGCUUAUUCUCGAAGCGCUCAUCUCGUUCUGGUUAUGUUAACCCUUUGGAUGAAGAUACUGCUCGUUUCUAUUUGCGCCAACUUUUUGAGGGUCUUGCUUACUGCCAUGAAAGAGGCGUUGCACACCGCGAUCUUCGUUUGGAUAACCUAAUGCUGGAUAACGAUGGAAACUUAAAGAUCACUGAUUUUGGACACGCUGGAGUUUUCAAAAAGGGAUGGGAUCUCUUUUCAACAACUCUUGUUGGCUCACUGUAUCACUUGUCUCCGGAGCAGAUAAAGGGUGUUUGUUAUUCCGGUGAGAAAAUCGAUGUCUGGAGCUCUGGAGUAGUUGUCUACUGUCUUUUGGUCGGACAGCCACCUUUUAGGGCAAAUGAUGUAUCGGAGCUUCUGAAUGACAUCGUUCAGGGUAAUUAUGAGAUGCCAAAUGAUCUGAGUCCAGAAGCGCAACACCUGAUACAGAGCUUGUUGCAAAUUGAUCCGGAAAAACGUCCAACUUGUCGGGAAGUUCUCAGUAUGAAAUGGUUCCAUAUUGGUCCGGAGAGACGGCUUAUUUUAAAUGUGUUUGAGUUGCCUUUACCAGAAAGCUGGUGUUGUCUAAGUAGCACAGAAGUUCAAGAGAAAACAAUCGCCUUAUUGAAGGAAUUGGAUAUUCAUCAGCACCCGGCAGACAUACCGUAUAACCGAAGGCUUUGCAGAGGACAAGAUUGGAGUUUGAAGUGUUAUUAUCCUCAUGAUGGGCUAAAGUUUUACGUGAGUCUUUUUACAAGUCCUCCAGUUUCCCCAGUAUCAUCUGCUGCCACUAGUGAGAACGAUGAAGUUGAUUCUGCAGCUUUGUUGAAGGAACUUUGUUUGGAUGGCUACUCUGCAGAGGUGGAAGCAAAUCGAAAUACGUCGUUUAACAACACAGAUAGUCCCAUUUCCAUGGAUACAGGAGUCUACACUACUGCUGAAAGUGUUUUGAGUACUGUCAAGCCUGCGUCUUGUCAUUAUCGGGAGGACAAUGUUCCUUCGGUUGAAUACCAUUUUCAGUCUGUUUUUGAACCUUUUAUUGAAUUCCGUCAUAGAGAUGGCAGUUGUCAACGUUUUUCGGAAGUCGUGCGUCAAUUUGAAAAAAUGGCUCUGGAAAAUUGGCGGAAGUAGUGUUUAGGAAUUGGAAAGUGUUUGACUUCUUUGAGAGUAACACAAUAAAUUGUAGUGUUGCUAUUUUUUG